CUGGGCGCCGGCGGCGUGGGGAAGAGCGCCAUGACCAUGCAGUUCAUCAGCCACCGGUUCCCGGAAGAUCAUGACCCCACCAUCGAAGAUGCUUAUAAAAUCCGGAUCCGUAUUGAUGAUGAGCCUGCCAAUCUGGAUAUUUUGGAUACGGCUGGACAGGCAGAGUUUACAGCCAUGCGAGAUCAGUAUAUGAGGGCAGGAGAAGGGUUUAUCAUCUGUUACUCUAUCACCGAUCGUCGAAGUUUUCACGAAGUUCGGGAGUUUAAACAGCUUAUUUAUCGAGUUCGACGUACUGAUGAUACACCUGUGGUUCUUGUAGGAAACAAGUCUGAUCUAAAGCAGCUAAGACAGGUCACUAAAGAAGAAGGAUUGGCUUUGGCCCGAGAAUUCAGCUGUCCCUUUUUUGAGACAUCUGCUGCAUACCGCUACUACAUUGAUGAUGUAUUCCAUGCCCUUGUCCGGGAGAUACGUAGGAAAGAAAAGGAGGCAGUACUGGCCAUGGAGAAAAAAUCGAAACCCAAAAACAGUGUAUGGAAGAGGCUAAAAUCGCCAUUCCGGAAGAAGAAAGAUUCAGUAACUUGAAGUUGUGAAGUGUUUACGUGUGAACUGCAGUGCUUAAUCAAAGCAGUCCAGUAACCUGCAUUAGUGAGCAUGGUGCUUGCUCUCUCUCCUGUUAUGACCGUUAUUUUUAAAGUAACUGAUGAAGGGGACAUGCCUACUAGGAGUUUUCAAUGAUGUGGUAUUUAAUAUAUUGUCUCUUAGCUAAUUCUGAUUUAUUAACCCAGUGGAGCACUUUCUGCUUUUAAAUUGUCACAUUAGAAUUUGAUCUCCCAUAGUUUUGGGUUCUGUUGCUGAUUAAUUAAUUAAUGUAAAUUGUUUAUAUCCAGGGGAAUAUGUAUACCAUGUGUUGGACUAAGCUCAUAAGAGGAAUUUUUUGCCAUGCACUACUCCACAUUAUCUUUUCACUUCAGUUUCCUGGGACUGUCCCAGCGAAGGACCUCCGUCUUUUCUAUUCACACUGUGCUUCCUGGAAACAGAACAAAAAUCUUAUAGGGAAACCAGUGCUAAAGAGACCGGUGCUGAAGUUCAGCAAAUAGCUGUGGAACUGACUCCUGUUGCAGAUCAUGGAGUGAUGAGAUUUGGGGAAGUAGGCCAUAUAUUUACAGGAACUUGGCUAGAAAAACAGUUGGGUCAGAACAGUGUUCCCACUAUGCACCUGGCUUUUCUAAGAAAUGUACUAGGAAGGGUGAGAACAAACAGAAGCAUGUAAAAUGUAAUGAAGGGUUCUCCUAUGAGCUUCUUUUACUCUUUGUUUCAGGGUUUGGACUUUUCUUUACCUUCAAAGGUAAACACUUAGGGAACCAUUACUGGAUUCCAAACUCAUUUAAUUUAAAUCCUUAGUUAGAACAGCCAUUGCCUUGUAGAGGUUUAUUUUUCCCCCAGAGAUGCACUUAUCCCUUAGCAUCCCUGUGCUCUUUAUUUUUUUUUUUUCUUGUGGCACGUUUAUUUAUCUUAAAAGCUGUAUUUUGUGUUACUGUUUUCCUGAAACACACAGUGUGGUAGACAUAGCUACAUUCAGUGUCUUUAGAGAUAAAAGAAUAGCAUGGGAAAAAUGGUUUACUCGGUUCUCAUUUGUUAGCAUUUGCUGAACAUCCAGGGCCUAGAGAGCAGUGACCACGGACAUUUUAUUUUGCAUGUCAGCCUUGUUUUUAUGUGUGAAAUGGUAGUGUUCCUCAGUACCUGGACCAGAUUGUAAGUACACCGAGGAGAUCUGUGGUCAAGAUCAAUGGUCUUCAAACUUUGUUGUUGUUGUUGUUUUGUUACUUAGAGUCCACAUAUGAGUGCAAUCAUGUGAUACUUGUCUUUCUCUG